CUUAGUUUAAAAAUUGUAUUAAAUACAUUAGAAAAAAAAUGUUCAAUAAUCAUUUUAUGAUUAAUUAAAUGGUUAUGAUUAAAUAAUGAUCAUAUAAUAUGAAUGAUGGUGUAAGAGAAGAAUGAUGAUUUAGCUAAAAAGUUCCCCACGGACUCUCAAUUUUUGACUUUGGAUUUUCAUUGCAAACAACAACUCCUCUCUCUCUAUUUUCAACAUUUUAAUCAUCAUAAGGAUAGAUACUGUGAUGUGGACUCUAGGAGUUCAUGGAUAUGCCUUGGCUGUUUCAUUUUGUUUCAUCAUCCUCAUGGUAGCUUCACAAAGAACAGAUCCUUCAGAAGUAAUAGCACUGAAAGACAUAAAAAUGAGUUUGAUUGAUCCCAUGGACAAACUGAGGAACUGGAAUAAGGGUGAUCCAUGUGCAAGAAACUGGACUGGAGUUUGGUGUUUUGAUAAAAAGGGUGAUGAUGGUUACUUCCAUAUCCGCGAACUCUACUUGAUGGCUAUGAAUCUCUCGGGAACUCUAGUACCUCAGCUUGGUCUGCUCUCCCAUCUUGAGAUAAUGGACUUUAUGUGGAACAAUCUGACAGGAACAAUACCAAAGGAGAUUGGAAACAUUACAUCAUUGAGACUCUUGCUUUUAACUGGAAAUAAAUUAGCUGGUAGUUUACCGGAAGAGCUCGGCAACCUUUCAAAUUUGAAUAGACUCCAACUGGAUGAAAACCAAUUGUCAGGUCCUGUGCCAGAAUCAUUUGCCAACUUGGUCAAUGUUAGACACCUCCACAUGAACAACAACUCAUUCAAUGGUCAACUUCCGUCCAAACUUUCAAACCUAUCCAAUCUUCUGCAUUUGCUUUUGGACAACAAUAACUUAUCUGGCUAUCUUCCACCAGAAUUCUCCAAGUUACAUAGUUUGGCAAUACUCCAGCUUGAUAACAAUAAUUUCAGCGGGAAUGGAAUUCCUUCUACCUAUGAAACUUUACCCAGGCUAGUAAAACUGAGUCUAAGAAAUUGCAGUCUGCAAGGAGCUAUUCCUGAUUUCAGUUCAAUACCAAGACUUAAGUAUUUGGAUCUUAGCUGGAAUCAGUUCACGGGACCUAUACCAUCAAAUAAACUUGCAGACAAUAUGACAACUAUUGACCUGUCACAUAACAAGCUCAAUGGAUCAAUUCCUCGAGGCUUAGUAUAUCCUCAUCUUCAAAGAUUGGAACUAGAGAACAAUUUACUGUCUGGGUCCGUCCGUGCUACCAUAUGGCAGAACAUAUCCUUCAGCAGAAAGGCUAAACUUAUAAUUAAUCUUUAUAACAACUUAUUUUCUGGCAUUUUGGGAGAUCUGAAUCCCCCAGCAAAUGUUACCUUAAGGCUUUCUGGCAAUCCUGUUUGCAAGAAUUCCAACAUACAAAGAAUUGGUCAAUAUUGUGCACUUGAAAGAGAUGAACUAGAUGAAGAAUUUGCAAAUUCAACCACUGUCUGCCACAAACAAUCUUGUCCAGUGGACAAUUUCUUUGAAUAUGCACCCAAAUCCCCAAUUCCUUGUUUUUGUGCAGCACCUCUAAGAAUUGGAUAUAGGCUUAAAAGUCCAAGUUUUUCUUACUUUCCUCCCUAUAUAACUCAUUUCGAAACAUACAUAACUGACUCCUUAAACUUAAGCUUCUAUCAGUUAUCAAUAGAUUCUUAUGAUUGGGAAGAGGGUCCUCGUCUUAGAAUCUAUUUAAAACUUUUUCCUUCAUACAAUGAUUCUCACUCUAACACAUUCAACACAAGUGAGGUCCGUCGCAUUCUUAGCAUCUUUACAUCGUGGCGCUUUCCUCGCACGGAUCUUUUUGGACCAUAUGAACUCCUGAAUGUCACUCUUCUAGGACCAUAUGCAAAUAUAAUUAUUCCUACAGAGGGGGAAAAGAGAAGUACAGGCAUAAUAGUUGCCAUUAUAAUAGCAGUUGUUGCUAGUGUUUUAGCAAUAUCUGCAAUGAUCAUUCUUCUAAUUUUUAGAAGAAAUUUGAAAUACCAGCAACUGAUUUCCAGGAAACGCAUGUCCUCUAAUGUAUGUAUCAAAAUAGAUGGUUUGAAAGCAUUCACUUUCAAAGAGUUGACUCAUGCUACCAACAAAUUUGAUAUCUCAACUAAAGUUGGUCAAGGAGGUUAUGGAAAUGUCUAUAAGGGUAUUUUAUCUGAUGAAACAUUUGUUGCCGUUAAGCGAGCAGGAGAAAAUUCAUUACAAGGCCAAAAAGAGUUCUUGACUGAGAUUGAGCUUUUAUCACGGUUACACCAUCGAAAUCUUGUCUCACUAAUUGGCUAUUGUAACGAAGAAGGGGAGCAGAUGCUGGUUUAUGAAUUCAUGCCCAAUGGCACCCUAAGGGAAUGGAUUUCUGGUAAAAGAAAAAUAUCCAAAGAAGGUCUAAAUUUUUGCAUGAGAUUAAGGAUUGCAAUGGGUGCAUCCAAAGGCAUACUGUAUCUGCAUACAGAGGCUAACCCUCCUAUAUACCACAGAGAUAUUAAAGCCAGCAACAUACUUCUAGAUUCCAAGUUUACUGCUAAAGUGGCUGAUUUUGGAUUGUCACGACUUAUACCAUACUCAGAUGAAGAGGGAACUGUACCUAAAUAUGUGUCAACAGUUGUGAAGGGAACACCGGGUUACCUAGACCCAGAAUAUAUGAUGACUCAUAAGUUAACUGAUAAAAGUGAUGUAUACAGCCUAGGAAUUGUGUUUUUGGAGCUUUUGACCGGCAUGCAACCAAUAUUUCUUGGGAAAAAUAUUGUCCGCGAGGUUAAUCUGGCUUAUCAAUCGGGCUCGAUAGAUACCAUUAUAGAUAGCAAAAUGGGUUUGUAUCCAUCCGAAUGCUUGGACAAGUUCUUAACUCUGGCCCUCAGUUGCUGUCAUGACCAUCCAGAAGAAAGACCAUCAAUGAUAGAUGUGGUGAGGGAAUUGGAAGACAUUAUUGCCUUGUUACCUGAAACUGAAAUUAGUUUAUCAGAUGUUUCCUUAGAUAACUCUGGCAAAAUGGCACCCUCAUCUUCAUCAUCAUCAACAACAACAACAUCAGGAUACCAUGCGACAAGAAAGGAGCAGCAGCACAUGUCCUCAUAUGUGUCAGGAAGUAAUCUAGUCAGUGAUAUUAUUCCUACUAUUGUUCCUCGCUGAUACCUUACUAUAUUAGUCUCCUUGACAUCUUCCAAUAAAAAUGUAAUUAUACCAAAUUAAAGUGUACAUUUUUGCGAGAUAUUAAGAUUUUGAUAAUACCAAAGGUAGGAAGUUUAAGUUUAUUAGGGACAGUUAUUGUUUUCCCAUCCUACAUGGGACUUUGUAAAUUUUAUACUCAUGUAAACAAAUCACAUGCAAUUGGAAAGAAAAAGAAAAUUACUA